AUGGAGAAACUUGAGGCAAAUUAUAAGAUGGAUAAGCUCUUAAAAUAUGGCACGAACUUGACUAUGCUUGCAAAGGAGGGGAAACUUGAUCCGACUACAGGAAGGAAGGAAGAGAUAGAAAGAUUAAUGCAAAUUCUUUGCAAGCGUCGGAAGAACAACCCAUGCCUUAUUGGAGAUCCUGGUGUUGGUAAAACUGCUAUUGUAGAAGGUCUCGCUCUUCUUAUUGUAAACUCGAAGGACAUUUCCCCAAAGCUCUGUGGUAAACAGGUUAUUUCCCUAGAUAUGGCACGACUUUGCGCGGGUACGUCUUAUAUUGGAGCAUUUGAAAAAAGGUUAACAGCAGUAAUCGAUGAGGUUAAGAGAAGCGAAGGAAACGUAAUACUCUUUAUUGAUGAGGUUCACACGCUAAUUGGAGUAGGGGGGUAUUCUCUUGAUGCUGCAGAUAUUCUGAAACCUUCUCUUGCCAGGGGUGAACUUAAGUGUAUUGGUGCGACUACGUUACUGGAGUUCAAAAAGUAUAUUGAAAAGGACCCAGCGUUGGAAAGGCGAUUCCAACAAGUUAAAGUAGAUGAACCAUCUUUAGAUGAUGCCAUAAAGAUUUUACAUGGAAUUAUUAACCACACACGUCAGUUAAAUUUGUCGGGUGCCUCUAUGUUUUACUUUUUAACCCUAACACCGACUAAAUACGACAGUGAUCGUUUCCUACCUGACAAAGAGAUAAAUUUGAUAGAUGAAGCUGCUUCCAGAGUUCAGCUUUGGCAGAAACGCGGUUCUCUAAAGAUUUUGCAGGUGACAGAAGAAGACAUU